AUGUCCACCUCCACCCUUCUGGACCGCUACAAACUCGUCUUCUUUGUCCCGCCCUCCGACCUGGAGCCUUGCAAGGAUGCCAUCUUCGCAACAGGCGGAGGGUCAUUUCCCGGAGGGAAAUAUACCAAAUGUUGUUUCCAAACUACUGGCAUGGGCCAGUUCCUACCUAAUGAAGGCGCAGACCCGGCCGUCGGGGCGGUUGGUGUUGUGGAACACUGUGAGGAGGUCAAGGUUGAGAUUAUGUGUCUGGGUCGGGAUGUUAUGCUGAAGGCAGUUGAUGCUUUGGUUUCGGCUCAUCCGUAUGAAGAGGUUGCUUAUGAGGUUUAUCGUAUGGAGAAUGUGUAG